AUGAAGUGUCGGAUCCCUAUGGAAGAAAGACACUUUAUCCAGAUGGCUCAGGCUGCCCUCAAGAUCUCUCUGAGAAAAAGAUUUGAUGGGAUGCUGUUUGGAGAUCUGGCAAAACUGGCAGACAAAGCAUCCAAGUACGAGGAGCUGCUCAGGGAAGAACAUCAGAAGAAGAACUCUUCCAAAGGCACAUAUUACAAGUCCCAUUUUUCUUCAAUACAUAUGAUUGAAGUAGAGUCAGAAGAAGACAUAGAAGGCCUAGAGGAGAGAGAGAUUGCCGUGGCAAAAAUGGCAAAAUUAAAUCACCCCAUCAGUUGUGAGGCUCUUACAAAGCCACCACCAUUCACAGGAGGGUUUGUUCCAAACAAACCGACGCAUAACAAGGAAGGAAUAACAGCAAGAAGGCUGAAGCUGGCAAAGAAGCCUUCAUCUGUCACAACAGAUCCUUUUCCCCUACCACAAGUCAACAUUGUCAACUUAAAUUGGCCAGAACAGGAGAGGGGCAGACCAGCUACAGAGACCAGCUCCAGUAGGAGCAGAAUAGUCUCAAAAGAGACUAUUGAGAGACCAAAGGCAACUAUCUCAGCUGGGGUAGUGCUCUGCAGCAAGUGCAAAUGUGAGGUUGAGCUGGAAGUACUCAAAAGAGGAGGGUUCAGAGAUAGUACUGCACAUUCCUCAAUAACAAGACCAAUGUGCAGAUGCUUCCAGAAACCAAUUCUGCCAGAAAAGGGAAAAAGCCAUAAAUGCUUUCCCAGACAGAACAAGCAAUCUCCCAGCCACAAAAGCUGA